UGAGAGAGUUGUCUCUUGUGAAGUCAAAUAUCCAAUGAGGCGGAGAACUCCGAGCCCGAAGCACCCGCUUCCAUCGAGCGACCCGGACCUCGCGCGCGAGCGAGAGAAUGACAGAAAGCCAAAAGAGGGAAUCGAUCUCGCCUGGGUAUGGAAAUCAUCUGACGAGCUCAAGAAUCCGAUUCCGCUAGCUCUCGCUUUCUCUUUCCAUCGUUUCUUUGGUCGUCCAUAGCUUCUGAUUUUCUCAAAUUCCGCUCUUUCGACAGUUUCUUGGAUUACUUCGCAAGCUUUUGAUCUGGUUUCUAUUUUUUCCUUUGCUUGGUCUGGUUCCGAUCAUAAAGGUGCAAUCUUGAUCUUGAUAUAUUUCAUCCGUGAUCGAUUGAGAUAUUUAGCUGAAUCCUUUUCCUUGGAUUGGGCUGGGGCCUGUGGAGAGUUUUGGGUUAUUGGCUUUUGGUCGUGAGUACGGAGUUAUUUAUUCGUUGUUAUAUGAUGUUUUCUUGGAGAAUUUGUACCGAUUCUCUUGUCCUUUCCGACAUGGUUUCUCGAUCAGGAUUCAGUACAUGAAUAAAUGGCGGCUUGUUGUUUGGUUAGAUGAUUCUUGAUUAGUGGCUUCCUGGGUUCUCUAUCCUUCUUCUUGUUUCCAUGACUUCUAUGUGUUUGUUUCUGGUUCUCAAUCAGUCUCUGCCGAUACCUGUUCUUGAGUCGAUAGAAUUUUGAUGCUCUGGUGCUAAAUUGGGCCUUUUCUUGUGGGAUUAGUGAUCCAAUGGCCAAUAGAAACACACAACCAUGUGGGUUUGUAAGCCGAAAAUUCUUCUCCUGUUCGCUCAUCCUUGCGAUAGUCCUGGUUCUUUACUGUAUCCUCUUCUGGGGUUCCACAGCCCCGCUUGCUCCCAUCAACUCUAGCCUCUUGCCCAAUGAAAAGGCCUUCUCAUUGAUCGAGAACCAGAGAAUUCCUCUCAGGGAUGAAAUGGGGGAUCACCUGUUAUUGAACCAUGAGAUCUCUUCCUUGAAUCGAAAUCAACCUGAAGAACAAGAACUCAAGAAAUGCGAUCCGAGCAAGGCGCUUUUUAAAGUUUUCAUGUAUGAUAUGCCUCCUGAGUUUCACUUUGGUCUGUUGGGUUGGGUGGCUGAUGGCAAGAGUGUCUGGCCGGAUAUCCAUACUAAAAUUCCACCCUAUCCUGGUGGAUUGAAUCUCCAGCAUAGUAUAGAAUACUGGCUUACGUUGGAUCUUUUGUCCUCAAGACUUCCUGAUCGGAGAGGCCCAUGUACUGCUGUAAGAGUCGAGGACUCUCGUGAAGCCGAUGUUGUGUUUGUGCCGUUCUUCUCAUCUUUGAGCUAUAACCGGUAUUCGAAGAUCGAACCACCAGAAAAGAUUAGUAGGAACAAGAUGUUGCAGCAGAAGCUGGUUAGUUAUUUAGCAGCUCAAGAGGAAUGGAAAAGGUCAAAUGGAAUGGACCACAUCAUAAUGGCACACCAUCCAAACAGCAUGCUGUUUGCUCGGACGAGCUUGUGGCAUUGCAUGUUUAUUCUUGCAGAUUUUGGAAGGUAUAUUCCGUAUGUAGCUAAUGUGGAGAAAGAUGUUAUUGCUCCUUAUAAGCAUGUGAUAAAGACCUUUGUGAAUGACACAUCUACCUAUGAUGAUCGGCCUACUUUGUUAUACUUCCAAGGAGCCAUCUACAGGAAAGAUGGGGGGAAAAUUCGACAGGAGCUCUUCUAUCUUCUCAGAAAUGAAAAGGAUGUACACUUUGCAUUUGGCAGUGUUCGAGUGAAUGGGAUCAACAAGGCCAGCCAAGGGAUGCAUUCGUCAAAAUUCUGUCUGAAUAUAGCUGGGGACACUCCUUCCUCCAACCGCCUUUUUGAUGCCAUAGCCAGCCACUGUGUUCCUGUCAUUAUUAGUGAUGAAAUUGAACUUCCAUUUGAGGAUGUCCUGGACUACUCUGAGUUCUGUGUCUUUGUCAGCGCUUCUGAUGCAGUCAAGAAAGGUUUCUUGAUGAAGUUGAUUAGAGGCAUAAGCCGAGAGGAAUGGACGCGAAUGUGGCGUAAGCUGAAGGAGGUUGAGGACUACUUUGAGUUCCAGUACCCUUCUCGGAAGGAUGAUGCUGUCCAGAUGAUCUGGCAGGCAGUAGCUAGAAAGGUUCCUGCGAUUCGACUGAAGGUACACAAGUCUAGGCGAUUUUCUCGUUUUAAAAGUGGGAGAUAGAAUGUCAACCGAAGUAUAGUUUGCAUUCAAGAGUGGCUGUUGGAGUGCUGAGGAUCUUGUAUUAUAUCAUUCCUCCAGCUAGCAGAUUCGCUCUCAGGAUAUGAGCAGAAUUUGGGAUCUAUGCUAAACAGAGUUGAAAUUCCACCAUAGCAUUUCCUUCCUCUCAGACUCUGUAAAGUUGCAGUCAGCGAGUGGGAUAAAAUGAUGUUUUCUCAAGUGUGGAGUUUGAGCAUUGAUUUUGUAGUUUUGGACUGUAAACAGUAGGUUGUCAAUUGGCAUCAUUACAUUGGCUCGUACUCCCAAGGAAACAUUAUAGCCUUAUCCCAGUUCAAAGUCCAAUAAGAGGAGACAUAUCAUUGGACUGUCAGAGCACUGGGACAAAGAUUAACUCAUUAGACAUAAAGAUAGCGGUGGAUGUUUAUGGCGUUCAGGCUAGCUAUCUUUGAACUUAUUUUUUACAGUUUAAAAUGACUGCUUUAUCAUCUUCUAUCACAGACAAGUAGGGCUGCUGGAGAAGGCUGCAAGUUUUUCCUUCCAUCUUCUGCCAAUGGGUGUCACAUAAUUUCUUUGCUUCAAAUGUUUUAACCUUUUCAUUGGUAAAGGCUUAUAAC